AUGUUGCGUUUUCCGACCUGUUUCCCGUCCUUCCGGGUGGUGGGAGAGAAGCAGCUACCGCAGGAGAUUAUUUUCCUGGUUUGGUCGCCCAAGCGGGAUCUCAUUGCUUUGGCCAACACAGCGGGCGAGGUAAGUGAGCUGGCGGGGAGCCCUGCUGGGCCGGGUCGCUUCGCGGCGGGCCCAAGAACAUCGAACCCGACCCCGUUCCUUCGGGCCACAGCUGCCAGAGGCUCAGUUUCCCCUUCUGCAGACCUGGCGGACCACCUGUCUACUACCCCGCCCUUGCCUCCUAGGAUGGCUGUAAACUUUAUAGGCGAAAGUAUAAACCAGUUGUACCCAACUUCUGCUGAAGAGUCCUUUACCUGCCAGCCAUUUUGUAAGGAAACCUUCACCUGUGCAUCUUUCCUCCUUUGGCCUUUUGACAGUUUUCCUGAUAGUUAUGUGGCCAGUGUUCUCACAUCCUUUUAUAAUGCUGAAGAUGAAUCAAAUCUUCUCUUACCUAAACUACCUACAUUGCCAAAAAAUUACAGCAACACCUCAAAAAUAUUUAGAAUGCAAUCAUCUCUAUUGUUGAUUGAUCCUCAACUUGUUGUAUUAUUUUUAAUUAGGCUUAAUAUUCUUGUCCUUGGAGGAAGCUCUGGAUUUAUUGAACUUUAUGCUUAUGGAAUGUUCAAAAUCGCUCGAGUCACAGGAAUUGCUGGUACUUGUCUGGCAUUAUGUUUAUCAAGUGAUUUGAAAUCAUUAUCAGUGGUCACAGAGGUUUCUAGCAGUGGUGCUUCAGAAGUUUCAUACUUUCAGCUUGAAACCAAUCUAUUGUAUUCUUUCUUACCUGAAGUAACUCGGAUGGCCAGAAAAUUUACUCACAUUUCAGCUCUUUUACAGUAUAUUAAUUUGUCACUAACAUGUAUGUGUGAAGCAUGGGAAGAAAUACUGAUGCAGAUGGAUUCUCGUCUCACCAAGUUUGUGCAGGAAAAGAACACAACCACAUCAGUGCAAGAUGAAUUCAUGCACCUACUGUUGUGGGGGAAAGCAAGUGCUGAACUUCAGACUCUCUUGAUGAACCAGUUAACAGUAAAGGGCUUAAAAAAGCUUGGCCAGUCUAUAGAGUCAUCAUAUUCCAGUAUACAAAAAUUGGUUAUAAGUCACUUACAGAGUGGCUCGGAGUCUUUAUUAUACCAUUUGAGUGAAUUGAAAGGAAUGGCUUCAUGGAAGCAAAAAUAUGAACCUCUUGGACUGGAUGCUGCGGGAAUUGAAGAUGCUAUUACUGCUGUGGGUUCUUUUAUCCUCAAGGCAAAUGAACUUCUUCAAGUUAUAGAUAGUAGUAUGAAAAACUUCAAAGCAUUUUUUCGGUGGCUCUAUGUGGCAAUGUUGAGAAUGACAGAAGACCAUGUGCUUCCUGAGCUGAAUAAGAUGACUCAGAAAGAUAUCACAUUUGUUGCUGAAUUUCUUACUGAACAUUUCAAUGAGGCUCCAGACCUUUAUAAUCGAAAAGGAAAAUACUUUAAUGUUGAAAGAGUUGGUCAGUACUUGAAAGAUGAAGAUGAUGAUCUUGUGUCACCCCCUAAUAAAGAGGGAAACCAGUGGUAUGACUUUCUUCAAAAAAGCAGCCACCUUAAAGAAAGUCCUUUGCUGUUUCCUUAUUAUCCUCGAAAAUCAUUGCAUUUUGUGAAAAGGCGGAUGGAGAAAAUCAUUGAUCAGUGUUUGCAAAAACCAGCAGAUGUAAUUGGAAAAUCGAUGAAUCAAGCGAUCUGCAUUCCGUUAUAUAGAGAUACUAGAAGCGAAGACUCUACACGUAGAUUAUUCAAAUUUCCUUUUCUGUGGAAUAAUAAAACUUCAAAUCUACAUUAUCUUCUUUUUACUAUUUUAGAAGAUUCACUUUAUAAAAUGUGCAUCUUAAGGAGACAUACUGAUAUUUCCCAAUCUGUAAGUAAUGGACUAAUUGCUAUUAAAUUUGGAAGCUUUACAUAUGCCACAACUGAAAAAGUCCGAAGAAGCAUCUACAGUUGUUUAGAUGCACAGUUUUAUGAUGAUGAAACUGUAACGGUAGUUCUUAAAGACACUGUAGGACGUGAAGGAAGAGACAGACUCUUGGUCCAGUUGCCACUGUCUUUAGUAUAUAACAGUGAAGAUUCUGCAGAUUAUCAAUUCACUGGGACUUACUCUACAAGGCUAGAUGAACAAUGCAGUGCUAUUCCCACACGUACCAUGCAUUUUGAGAAGCACUGGAGAUUACUGGAAAGUAUGAAAGCACAGUAUGUUGCUGGGAAUGGUUUCCGAAAAGUGUCCUGUGUGUUAAGCUCAAAUCUGCGUCAUGUGCGAGUAUUUGAAAUGGACAUAGAUGAUGAGUGGGAGCUCGAUGAGUCUUCAGAUGAGGAGGAGGAGGCCAGUGACAAGCCUGUAAAAAUAAAGGAAGAAGUGUUGUCCGAGUCGGAGGGAGAGAACCAACCAGCCAGCACUGCUGCGUUAGCUCCAGAGAUAGUCAUUAAAGUGGAAAAACUUGACCCUGAGCUAGACUCGUAAUCUAGUUUGCCAUUUUUGUGUAUGUUAUUAUAGCAUAAAGGACAUAGGAGAUGGACUGAGACGUCUUUGGACCACUUUUAAUUUUCUUUGUGUAACAAAGAAACAGUAAAUUUUAUUUUUUCA